GAAGUUGUUGUUUGUUGACAGACUGCAUCGCAGGCGAAAAUGUCAGGACAGACCUGUCACCGUGCGUGGCUCCUCCUGCUGAUUGCUAACCUGUGGCUGUACACUGCUAACCCUGUCGUGGCACACCAACGUGCAGGCGACAGUUUACGAGAGAAGAAAUUAAAAAUAAACGAAGUCGUUUCCAGCGCCGCACGCUCCGAGUUCAAAACUGAUCAACACUCGACCUCUGACCCUGCCUACGUCACGCAGGAGGAGCCGGAUUGCCUGUACUUUAACAGCGUGGAUAUAUCCGGCAUCCAGGGAAUAACACUGGACAUUCUCCAGAAUUAUCAGACAUUGAUUGAAUUCCACGAACUUCCCGGCGAUACAGAGGCAGUGGAGGUGCGGCUGCUGGGGAAGGGACAGCACUCGGUGCACUCCAGCAGAAAGCCCACUGUACAGUAUGAAGUUACCUCCCCUGAGUCAGGGAAUCACAUUGUCAUCCACGUGGUAAUGGGAACUGGUGAUGAUGACGACUCACCUGUGCUCGUCUCUCUCUUGGCACUGACCACAGCCCUGCUGUCUACCUGGUUACUUUCUUCCUGGCACCUGGGCAGGAAACAAAAAUACACAGAUGAAGUGCUUCUGAAGGAGGAGGACGAGGAGGAUGGUGUUGACGUCCACCGUGAGACGACAGGAAGACAGACUGUAAGUGAGAUGGCUAUGCAUAGUGCGCAAGAGUUGAUGUCUCCUGUCACUUGGGACCACCAGAAAGUCGCACUGCGGGGAGAUGAUACGCAAGGUGACAGCCUGAAGAAAAUGGAUUUCUUGUUCUCUAAGGAGGAGCAGACCUUUCAUUGCCCCACACCCGGUGCCAGGAUGAAGACAGGAGGAGGUCGUCCUGCCGAGAUUGCGGAUUCCAGUCCACAGGGCGAGAGUGGUCCACGGAUUAAAGCAUCAUGCCAGCUCCUCUUACAACCAUCGGAACAUCGAGCUGUCCACCCGACCUCGACCUCGACCUUGCCCUUUUGGUCGCUGACUUUGUGUCAAGGACACUGUCGUCGCAUGCUUCUGAUGUCGGUGAUCCUGGUGACGCUGGCUGCGGCGGCGACCGUUGGGAUGACGUCACCGAAGGACGAGCAGAUCUUGCAGAUCGGAGUGCCCUCUACCAGACUUAUACGUAAAGUAAGGAUGUUCAGUAAGAGUCCUGAUCUAUCGGACAUUGCACAAAACACAGAGAGCCUGGCCCUUGUGUCUAAAUUACAGCUAAUGGAUUUGAACAACUGCCAUGGAAACCUUUCAAACUGUGAAACAGUUGCCGUGUGCAACCGAGGUGAUAAUGAUUUCUUGUGUCGAUGUCGAUGGGGGUAUUUUUUCAAGAACCGAAAAUGUCAAGAGUGCAGAACGUCAUGUGCAGAGGGACAUUAUCUGGUGACACCUUGCACAGCAAGUUCAGAUGCAGUUUGUAAACCUUGCACAGUAUGCAGUGGCUCACAGUAUGAAGCAGCAGUCUGCACAACAUCCAGAGACACAAUCUGUGUUGACGUUACCUUUCCUGUUGGCAUAUUGGAACUAAACAAAACACUAGGUCGCGAUGAUGGUGCUACAGUUCUCCUCACUCACAGUAACAACAUCUUCAUGGAGCGGUUGGUUGACAUGAAAGAACUGGAGACUCCUAUGUAUGUGACAAACAACCAACAGUCAAUGGACUUUGUGUGGCACCGGGAGUCUGGUAUUGACAUUGUCAUUCGAGUGUCAGGUGUUUUCUUGGUGCCAGAGUACAGAGAACUGGACGCUCUUGAUGACUCCGUGUUUUUUCUAAGAAAGAAAACUGAAGAGCAGCGCAUGCAGGAACUAUUUCUUAUGACGCAGAAUGAGUACUGCAGACACCCAGUGCCUGAUUACUACCACCUUCAUCUGCAUGUCAUCAAGAAUCGAACCGCAGCUGCUCAAGUUGUACGCUGUGACUCUCGAGACUCAUCGGUACCAAGAUGUCCAAAGUCUUACAAAGAUGGUGACCGCUACCUCAAGUGGGACAUAAAUACCAAGUGUGAAAAGUUUUCGGAGUAUCUCUCACAGGUCUCGGGCAGCCCAGACACCUUGUCUCCUCUCACGGAUGUUGCAAAUGCUGUUAUGUGUGUGGAAGAAACUAGCCUGGACACCAAAGUGUUCCACCAAUCAAGACCUGUAACCCUGGAAUUGAUAUUUCCAUCACCAGAGUGUCUGGUAUACCAACAAGAAUGCGAGCGCUGCAUGUCAUCGCUGGAAUGCACUAACACCAACACCAGCCUACCACGCUCAUGCUGUGGACUGCACUGCUACACUCGUGGGGCAUGUCACCAGGCGUAUAGUCCUACAUGUCCUCCCAGGACAGUGGAGUGUGCUUCAGGUGAAGUGCACGAGUUCUCGCUGCAGCCGGUGUUCUCCACCAUGUCAGACAAGUUUGUGUGUCACCUGGGCUACCACCACCCUCAGUACCUAUACAACGUGUCCUACUCCAUUCUUAUUCCAUCUGUUGGCUUUCAGUUACCUGUCCAGAAUUACACGGCAUCAUUCAAAUCGUUGAACCAGCAUCACACACACUCAGAUAUGUUUGACUUCAUCCAGGUGAUGCAUGACACACGCUUACCCUUGGCAGAAAGUCUGAUUCUUGUUGGUGAUCACAAGGAACUUAAGAACACUAAAAAUAGCCACAUGCAGCCAUUCUCUAUCCAUGCUUUGAAAGACCAUGCAGAGUUCUCUCGGCGAUGGAGCAGCAGCCUUAGCAACAAGGAAAAUACAGAUUUCUCAGUGGGCGUGCAGUUUGAGCGACCGUUUGCUUACAGUUCGACCUCGUGGUACAUGAGCAAAUGCGACAAGAAUAUAUCACAGAUUUUCCCCAACCAGACUGUGUACAAACCUGAUGGCACCCAGGUGAUGGGAAGAAGGGUAGAUGAUGAAGGGGACUACAGGUAUCAGAUGUAUCAUGCAGACAAGUCACCAUAUAUCAAGCUCUCUAUUGCAGAAGCAGAACCUGUGCUGCGCUGGUUUCAAGGAAAGGCAACUCAUGGUGUCAUUGAAGGUGGGGAGUUGUCUGGACAGUUGAUGUGGAAUCAAACAAGACAAGCUUGGACCAUUACUAUAUCAGGUGCUGUUAGAGAUUGCCCUGCUGUAUUUACCAUUCAAGUUUUCAACAAGAUGAUGUCACAGUGCAUUGCAGUUUAUGACGUGCUGGUCACAUGUCCAAACCAGUUUAACUUGACCUUAGGUUUAUCGGAGAUAAAUGAAGAUCUCCCAGACAUUUUUGUCGUUUUACUAAAUGAUUCAGUCUCGGCAUAUCACCUUGUGCUGUCGUCUCUCAUCCCACCUGUCACUCUGCCAGUGACAAGUUCGUCUCCAACAGGAAAGAGCCCUCUGAUGUCGGAACAAGGCAUGAUGCACUGGAUUCCUGUGUUUGCUGUGGUUGUUCUUACAGGGCUGAGUUUGAUCAGCAUUUUUGGCAUUUACCUCUUCAUAAAGUUUAAGUCUGCAGCAGCAGCAAUGGACAUGGUACCUGCAGAUACCCAGAGUGAAUUGCCAACCCUGAACAACCAGCCGAGCAGUACAACACACAGAUCACAGCAGGAUGUUAAACGUGAAAAAUCUACAGCUACCAGAAUCUGUGUCAGUAUUUUUGUUGUUCUUUACAUUGUCUAUUCCCUUGUCUUCACAUUUUCAGUGGGACUGGUCACCUUGUAUUUCACACACUACUCACUUUUGGCCAAUAUAAGCAGCACGGCAAACUUUUCUACAAAGCUACAAAAAGAAAUGAAUAAUUUAUUUGAGAAAGUUGGACAUCAUGAAACUGUAGAAGAGAUGAGGCUGUUCCGAUCUGUGGAAUCAAGGCUGCAGGCCUGCUCACAACACAUGCAGGAACAGAAUGGAAGAUUUCUUGUGAGUUACCGCAGGGGAAUGACAGAACUCCUUGCAGAAAUCUACCAGAAAGGCGGCGCCAUUGAGAAUGCAGCAAGGGAGUCUUUAAUUCAGAAUAAUUCCAUCUACACACAGCAGAUUGAACAGUUCCUGUUGGACUGCAAUAGGACAGUGCAGAGCAUCAUAGAAAGAUUUGAUGCACAGCUGAUGAUUUAUGUCAAAGACAUUGCUCGCAAUGGUUGGUUUGAUUUUCCACGGGAAGUGUUUCUGACCUUAGAAGGAGAUAACCCAGAUAAAGCAUACAUGUCACCUAACCAACUGGCACGAUUCCUCCAACAGCUUGAGGUUGACAAAACUGACGAGCUCCUAAGUGUUGCUGAUGCUAUAGGAAGCAGAUUGUCAAGUCUGCAGGUGCCAUCCCCUGUGCAAUACUUGCACCAAAACCUGGAGCUGUCUCCUCCAGACUUUGUGGUUUCCUUUCCAGAAGAACCUAUGGUGGCUACCCACACUUUUGUUGUCCUGGACACUCCAUCUGCCUCAUCUCAUCCUUUCUUUGAAAGUUCAAGCGGCAGCUUUGCUAAUGGACCACAGUCGGCAUUUGUUGAAGGGUUGGAUGCAAAGUCUGAGGUUUAUCCCAAUGGAACUUUGCCACUGGAGAAUGAAGAUGAUGAGGUCAAAUCGUCUGAUGAGCUGGAUGUGAUGGUGUAUGUGUUGAUUGGAUUGUUUUUGCUUUCGGAUGUUUUACUGUUUAUUUAUCGGAUGUCAUGGAUGAUGGCUCAAGUCCAUGCCUCGAAAGAAGGCUAUGAGGAUCGCAUUCCUACAGAUAUUGUGUCUCAAAGAAUUCUCGCCAUUCAGACAGGCUACGAUUUGAAUCGCAUGCAGGAAAUGUAUGAGCCGUACAGUUACUACUUAGAGAACAAAGAGAACAUGAUGGCUAGUGAAGAGAAGGGGUCAGAAAGCGAGUACAACACUUAUUUCUGUCAGUCUUACCCCAAAUCAAAAGAUGAUAUUUUGCGUGAGAUCAUGACACAGAAGAUAAUGAACAGUGUGCAGCCAGCAGAAGACACUGUUGGUGUUAAGGAAAAGACAAGUCGAGGUGUUUGUGACUUUGUGAUUGUACAGGAGAGUAUUUCUUGCUGUCGCUGGAUCAUGCGGACGUUUAUGCUGCACUUUGUGUGGCGCUUUGCCAUUACAGCAGUGGUGGUUAUGCUGCUGUGCUUUGUGGCGUAUGUUGUAGAUUUUUGUCUCACCAUCGAUGUCUUGCAAGCUGUUGUGGGAGGUCAGUCAGCAGUACAGGACUUUGUGCUGCAGGUGCACAUAACGAACAUGCACUUGGCCGAACUGGCCUCUCAUCUGACCGAGGUGCUAGAAGAACAGAUGAGGGCAGCUGAUGUGGAGAUCACCAUGCUGAGUGAGCUCUUGAUGUCCACACUUGCUACGCAGAGAGAGAUGCUGUCAUCACUUGUGGAGCAGAUAUGUCAGGAUGCAGGAGGGCAAGCGUGCAACACACACCUUCACUUGCCAGACUUACCGAGCUGGCUUGCAUGCCGAGUCCUGCCUGUAGAAGCACAUUUUUACCAAGACUUGACAGCAGAGCAGCUACAAGAUGUGGUAGUGCAAGAAUUACAACCUCUGUUGAAGACGGUGAAAGAAUCCUUGCUGUACUGUGUUGCCAUUAUCACUGGUGCACUGUGUAUGACAACUCUCUGCCAUGCUGCAGCAACUGUGGUUCGCUAUUAUAUGAUUGUCUGGGGGAAGCUCCCAAGAGUCCGCAUUUAUCAGAUUAGUGAGAACACUAGCUUACUGUACGACUGUACAUCAGGACACAAUGGACAGAUGCAGAGAAGUGCAUCGUGGUUAGAGAGCUGUGAAAGUGGGGUGUAUGUAGGUGAGAAUGAAGACACACAGAGGGAGGUUUAAGACAUUCAUGGAUUGGGGGGAGGGGGAGAAUGGAUGAAGCAUGUGUGGAUUGAGCAUGAAAAGCAAAAUAAAUUUUUGGAUAUUUA